AUGCAGUCUAAUGAUUUACAAGUUACUCCAACCAUUUCACAUAUUACAUUAUCAACCCUGCGACAUGAUAGUGCUGCAACAAGUCUGGUUGGUUACAGAACUACAACCGGUGCACAGGAAAAGGUUGUUAGUUUUGUUAUUCCUGCAGACCGUUUACUUCCAGAGCCUCAUCCAAAAUAUCUGACCGACAUCUUUUUUGUCCUUUUUGUUGUGAUAAUUUUCUUUUCUGUUGUUGGAAACAGUUUGGUAAUCGCCGUAUCUGUGAAAAGUCGAAAACUGAAAACAGUGACGGACAUUUACAUAAUGUCCCUUGCCAUUAGCGAUUUACUUAUAGCUACGUUAAAUAUGCCGUUUCAGCUAUACUUUACCGUGGUUAAUGAAUGGAUGACGGGUGGUAAGACAGGAGAAGCUUUGUGCAAGUUUACUAAUUAUAUACAAGGAUGUACUGUUAUUUCAAGCAUCUUUACUUUAUUAGCUAUUGCAAUAGACAGGUAUGUCGUCAUUUGCCGAGCGAAUAUUUCUCAACAGAGACACAGACAGAAAACCGCUAUUAUCGCCGUAAUUUCGGUUUGGAUUGUAUCAACGUUGAUAGUCAUACCACAUCUUUUAUACCAAAAGCUUCAAAUCAGGCUAACAAUUUCAACUAUAAAUGGUUUACUAUUUUUUGACGGUAUACGAUAUAUAUGUGUGGAGGAAUUCCCAUCGUACCCUGUAAUUAACGCACAACGGCUUUAUUCACUGAUCCAAUACAUCGGUUGUUAUCUGAUACCUGUCGUCAUCAUGGCGUUCACGUACGGUCGAAUAGGUUAUCGGCUCUGGAUUCAUCAACCCAUCGGAGAUAUUCUGGCCAAUCCAAGAAACCAUGGUCUCAUCAUCAAACAAAAGAGACGCGUAAUUCGGAUGCUGAUGCUACUGUUCUUAUCUUUCACGUUGCUUUGGUUUCCGUUUUUCACCUUUGCACUGUAUUCGGAGUAUGUUGCCAUAGAUAAAUCUUAUCGUGUUAAGUUAACCGCUCUAAAGUUAGUCGGGUAUAGUAAUUGCUGUGCGAAUCCAAUCAUAUACACAUUCCUAAACAAAAAUUUUAGACAAGAUUUGUCGAAGUUGUUCUGCAGGGAAACAAUUGCACCAUCUAACCCAAGACGUAUUUGCGAAACAGGCAAUCAAACUGGGAAUAGUCGGUUUUAA